AUGUUAUCAUUUUCAAGACAACCAAUCAGGCGCUUGUCGUCGUCGGUUUUGCGCUUAGCUAACCACGGCAAGCCACAGAAUCCACCGAUCGACCCCACUUUACACAUGAAAAUCUCCCCCAUCGUCAGGACCGGCGAGACUAUAGAUGUCAAACGCGCAAGAUUGGUAUAUCAAUCAAGGAAAAGAGGGAUCUUGGAGAGCGAUCUUUUGCUAAGCAGAUUUGCCAAGAAAUACCUCAACAAGAUGACCAUGGAAGAAUUGGAUGAAUAUGACAAGUUGUUGGAUGAGGCGGACUGGGACAUCUACUACUGGGCAACCAAAAACUUCGAAGUUACUCCCAUUCCCGAAAAAUGGAAGGACUCCAAAAUUUUGAAGUUGUUGCAAGAAGAGGCCGAAAACAAGGAGCGCGUCAUUUUGAGAAUGCCCGAGUUGGAUGAAUCUGACUUUCUCAAACCAAAGUAA